UAUACGUUACUGAUUCCGUGACACAAUGGUGAUUUUCAUAUUAACCGUGAUGGUAGGAUUGAUGUUUGCUGCAARUGCAGUGGACGCCGAAAAAGUCACCGACUUUCGCAUGUGCCGGAACACUAAUUGUAGUGUUACUGAUGUGUUUAUUGAUCCGUGUCCCGAAGCUUUAGAAGAAAAACCAUGUGAAUUGCCACAAACAGUUAACGCGUCUAUCACAUUUAAAUAUAAACCUAAAUUCGGUUCGGCCUUACCACGGACAAGACUAUACGCUGAAACAGUUUUCUUGGACUUGCCGUUUUUGGACAUGAACACGAACGCGUGCUUAUACACAAAUUGCCCCAUCAUGAAGGAUACCGAACAAAAUUGGCUAUACAAAUUAUUUGUAUCCAAAAACUAUCCUAGGGCUCGUUACACAGUAAAACUGAAGUUUUGGGACGACGGACCUAAAGCUCUUGAGACCGACCAAUGCUGCUUUAGAUUCAACAUCACCAUAGUUUAACGGAAAUUGAAAAUACUCACAACUACCUAUUAUAUGUUUACACACAUACUAACAUUUGAUAAAAAUAAUAAUAAUAAUAUAUCAUUAUUCAUUAUA